GACUGGUAAUUUUGUGGUUGGCGAAUUUGCAGAAGAAUUGGAACACGAGCUGGCCGGUGAUUUGGUUGUCGACAAGCUGCAAGAUUUGGCUGAAGAAUUGGAACACGAGCUGGCCGGUGAUUUUGUUGGUGACGAACUAGCCGAUGUGGUCGGCGAAUUGGAAGCCGAGCUGGCCGAUGAAUUUGGUGGCGGCAAUGUUGGCGAUUUGGCGGGGGACGAAUUUGCUGACGACAAUCUGCCCGGUGAUUUGGUGAUUGAAGACAAUAUGGCCAAUGAUGUGGUGGCUGAAGUCAGACUUGCUGUUGAAUUCGCUUGCGACUUGGUGCGACUGGUGGCCGGUGAAUUGGCUGUCGACUUAAUGGAUGAAGAAAAGCAAUCCGGUGCUAAGGUAGCUUUUGAAUUUCCUGGCGGUAAGGUGACAAGUUUUGGUUGUGAUGUGAUUGGCCUGGCUGGUGAUUUAGGAGUCCACUUAACAGCUGAAAACCAACCCCUAUGCUUAGCAUUGAAAUUAAUCUUUGUUUGAGGGAAUUGACCAAUGUUCCAGGAUGUCCACGUCAUGAUGUUCAUCGGUUUCGGCUUCUUGAUGACCUUUUUGAAGAAGUACGGCUACAGCGCAGUGGCUGUCUUUUUUCUGAUCGCCGCCAUCGUCCUUCAGUGGGCCACCCUCUGCCAAGGGUUCUACCACACUUUCGAUGGUCGAAAGAUUCACAUCACUAUUACCAGUUUGUUGAACGCCGAUUUCGCAUCGGCCACCGUUUUGAUUUCGUUCGGCGCCGUCAUCGGCGUCACGACGCCGCUCCAGCUGGCCGUUAUGGCCGUUUGCGAGAUUGCCAUUUUCGCCAGCAACGAACAUCUCGGACUGGAAAUCUUGAGGAUGCCGAAGUCGACGCCCAGCACCGGGCCGUCAUCAACACCUAUUACUCGCUGGCCGCCUGUUGCGUCACAGCCUUCGCCGUUUCCGCUUUAGUCAGCAAAGAACACAAAUUCAAUAUGGUUCACAUUCAAAAUUCAACUCUAGCAGGAGGCGUGGCUAUCGGAACGGCGGCCGACAUGAUGAUCAAUCCAUUCGGAGCCAUGAUUGUUGGGAGUAUUGUCGAAACCGUGUCCGUUCUCGGCUAUCGAUACCUUACCUAAACAGAAGACUUGGCAUUCACGACACUUGCGGCGUCCACAAUUUUCACGGGAUGCCGUCGUGAAAAUAGCCGCCAAGAACCUUGUGGAGAACCACAUCCAACCUUUCAAGUUGAGUUACACGUUUCCUAGAAUCGUCAUGCUUCAAGAGCCAUUGUUAUGCGUUUUGCCUUCUCCAUCACCAAGGUUUGAUAGUAAAAAAAACAUGGGAAACGCAACGUCCAACCUAUUUCAUUCUUCACCACUUACCUUGCUCGCUACUUUGUCUCGUAAUCAGAUUUAUCCAUGUGAUUGAUAUGCACGACAUGUUGUGUAAAUGGAUAGCUUUGGUCUCAAAUAAACGAAUUUGAGGCGAUUAUACACAAACUUUUUUUAUUUUUUAAUUCGAUAUUAGAUUUUUUGUUAAUUUUCGCAUGUCGUUUUACGUAUCGCGUACAU